AUGGCACACUUCUCCUUCCAAAGAGGCGACCAGGUCGAAAUCUGCAGCAAACUCGAUGGCUUUUUCGGGUCGUAUUACGAGGCCACCGUCGUCGCAAACAUGGGCACCAACUAUGUGAUCCAGUACCGUAAUUUGGUUGAGGAGUUCAACGAGUCUGAGCCGCUCAAAGAGACCGUCAAGGCCUCCGAGGUCCGCCCACUUCCGCCGGAAAUCAGGGGUGUUCAUAGUGCGGUGUUUCAUGUGGAUGAUAGGAUCGAUGCUUACGAUCUUGAUGGGUGGUGGGUCGGUACUGUUUCGUCGGAGGAUAAUGGGUCUGGGUUUCAUUCUGUGUUCUUUGAGUAUACUGGGCAAGAACUAGAGUACCCUGUUUUGAAUCUGAGGGUUCAUCAAGAUUGGCGCAAUGGGAAAUGGGUGUCGUCCAAGAAGACCAAGCGGGGUGCUGUGCGUUGA